GAAUAAAAGUGCAGAGUACGAUUGGGCAUCAGAUCAUUCAUCAUCACCCCAUUAUCUAUACAUCUCUUUCUGUCAAAUUAAAACACUAUACUAUUAGCCAUUUUCUCUCAAUGGACUCAAAGAGUGUGAGUUUUUGCAUUAUCUUCUUGAUUGCAACGCUACUGUGUGGUGUUGUGAGGUCGGACACGGCGAAGGACAGGGCGGAAUGCGCGGACCAGCUGGUGGGGCUGGCCCCUUGUCUUCCGUACGUUAGCGGCGACGCGAAAUUGCCGACGCCGGAUUGUUGCACGGGGCUGAAAGAGGUGGUGGAGAAGAGCAAGAAGUGUUUGUGUAUAUUGGUGAAGGAUAGGAAUGACCCUAGCCUUGGCUUUAAGAUCAAUGCUACUCUUGCUCUUGGCCUUCCUGAUAAGUGUCAUGCACCGGCUAAUAUAUCCCAAUGCCCUGAUCUCUUGCACUUGGCUCACAAUUCACCAGAUGCUAAGAUAUUUGAAGAUUUCAACAAAACUGCCCCAGCUACUGAAGUUAAAGGUAGCCCCAGUGGAGAAGCAAGAAAAGCUGAUGACAAAAGUGAUGGUGGCAAGAGAAAGCGAUGGUUGGCCAUGGAGCUCUUUGUCGCAACUUUGAUUCAUGUGUUAUCCCAUCUUUGAAUUUUGUUUUUAAUGUUUUAUUAUAUUGUUUGUAUCUUACAUUUUUAUUUGUUUGAAAAAAAUUGUUGUCCCCACAUUUUACUAUUUAAUUUGUGUCUAUGUUGUUAGGUUCAAGGUAUCAUCAAAUGCUCAAAACAAUUAUACUUUUUGGUAUACUAAAAAGUAAACAAGUAUAUUUUUUUUUAA